GGGGUGGGGGGUGAAUGAGAGGAACCGAAUAAUCGUUCUCCUCCUUGCGCCUGGGCCUCUAGGCUAAGUGGAGGUGGGCUCGCAUCCGAUUGAAGGUCAAGAGUGAGCUGCUUGUUUGCUCUCCUGCAUGAAGGAGACAAACAUGGAACGCCCGAGUCCGCCGAGAUGGAAUGGCAAGAAGGUCAUGGAAUACCGAUACACGGGCAAGUGAGGCCCCUUCGCGAGAACAAUGCUUGGGCUUAUAUACCAACUUCCCGGUACCCGGGAUCCAGGGCAGUUUGCAAGCUCCAAGGCCGACAUAUCCCCUUUCUACACCGUCACUCCUAUCAGCUUCGUUCCGGCCCGUGUCACCUACCCACGGCUCCGCGUUGAAUCUAGACCACUCAUCGCCCCCAAAAGGCGGCAUAUUUGCCAAGUCCUUCUUACCGGAUUCCCCUGUACGUCUUCGAGGCAGAUCGUGUGCUGCCCAAGGGAGCCUCGCGCCCGCACCAUCGCCGACAGAGGACGGAAAGACGGGUCCAGUUUGCCGUCCCACGGCGUUUCACAGCUCCCGUCCACUACUUGAGAAAUCUGUCAAGAGUGCCGGCAGCCUGUGGGUGUGCGUGAUACUGACGUGAGAUAGAUACCUAGACCGCUGGCCCGGAUCUGCCCUGUCGUGCUCUCUUCAAGGAGAAAAUCUUGGGUUCGCUGACCAGCCCUCCCCUUGUCCCAGGCUCAGCCAAUAGGUGCUCAAUAUGCAUGCGGCAGCAAGGCUGUGUGACAGGCACCUCCGCGGCAGCGGGCCUGGCUCUGACUUGCAGGUCCAGCCUGCAGGUGAGCAGGAUGCUGCUGCAGGCGUCUACGCCGAGCCCGACGCCCAUGGCUCUGUGACCUCCACUCAUGUAACCGACCUCUGGGGUCCCGCCGACCCGGUGUUGCCACCCACGCCCGGGUCGCCGCUACUCUCCCGCCCUUGCAGCCCGACUUUCGAGCCAAGGGGCCGCAAUCUUCCUGUUGCUGCGCCCGUCUCUUCCCCUUUUCCGUCCGGCCCUGGCCAUGCUGGCCCACUCAAGGAGCUCAUUGGAGAAGAUGCAGGCCGUUCGGCGUUCAAUUCCUAUAGCUCGGGUCAGGAUCCGUCCAACCACAUCUACACCAACGAUCAGACCCAAUAUGGGCAGUACUACGACAGCAACGGCCAGCUCGUAACGGGCCAAAACUUGACUUACGGAUACACUGAUGAUCAAGGCGCCGUCGGCUACUUUUACGCGGACGACGGUGGAUACGGCGCCGUCUACGGUGGCGGUGGCUACUUCGCCACUCCCCAGCCCCAGCAGCAUGACCAGCAGCAGCAACAGCAGUUCACGCAGCAACAGCAGGCCCAGCCCCAGCCCCAGCAGCAGGGCGGCGGCGACAUGGUGACGAACCUAGUGCGGCGGCGCAUCAUCAUCCGCCACCUGCACGACAAGUCCACCUACGCCGAGGUGCUCCAGCUCGUCGAGCGCUGGGCCGGGUCGGAAAAGGGCCUGCUGCGCGUGAAGCACAUACCCGCCGACCCGGCGCGCGGCCGCAAGUGCCACGCCUUCGCCACCUUCACGACCCCGGAGUGGGCCGAGGCCGCCAUCGAGAGCCUCAACGGCAAGUCGGUCCGGUCCCGCCAGGUCGACGUCCGCAUCGCCAACGAGAUGCAGGAGGUCUUUCGGCCCCCGCAGCCCGGCGACGGCCAGGGCGGCGAGGGGAGCGGCAACAACAACAGCAACAACAACAAUACAGGGCGUCGCCCCCGCCGCCGCGGGGCCAAAAAGGGCGGGUCGGAGGAUAGCUCCCGGCCCGUCGUCGCGGACGGCAGCAUCGCGGGGAAGAGCAAUGGCAAGUAAGGAGAGGGUGUCGACUAUGCUGACACCAGGUCUCCUGACGGCCCCUGCUUGAUGCUCCGUCCACGACCGCGCUUCUGGAAACAGAAGCGCGACAACAUGAACCAGCACUCUUAUAUCAUCUCGAUUUCCUUGUUCUCCCUUCUCUUUGGUGUCCCUACCCACAACGUCGCACGGCUCCGACACGCUCUCUCGUUCAAGCCCACCAGCUGUCGUGUCCGAACCCAACAUCUGACCCGACACGUCCUGUCAUUACCGUCUUAUACUUAUCUCCCCGUCUAAUACUUGAUACUUGGUCUUCGCUUAUCACACACACACACGUCCCUCUCUCGGAUAUCCGUAAAUCUCAUCAGGGGGACCCGCAUCUUUGACGGGCUUCAGUUAUUCUCAAUGGCCAGCCCGAGGAAGGGGGGUAUUGGUGUAGCGACGGGUGGGAGAAGGAUCGAUGCCCAUCUCUCUUUUCGCCCAAAAUCCGGUUCUGUUCACUCGUUUACCUGUUUGAGAGAUGAGGUUGAUCGUCAACUUCAUGUCCAAGACGACUAAUAUACCAAGUAUUCACUAAUCCGGACGUUUCCGUGGUGAGGUUGUGUACCUUGUUUUGUCUUCUUGUUGCCUCUUAUCGCCCUCGCCGUUGCUCGUUGUCUUUGGGAGUGGUCUACCAGUCUGAUCCUCAACACACCCACAGCAAAGUUUCAUUCGUAUGACAUGGCGUCAGCGACUAGGAUAUUACAAGAGUGUCUCACGCACAAAACAGCCCAAGAUGAUACCGAGGAAUGGCUGCGCGUUGCGACAGCCUCAUUACCGGUGUCCGUCCUCCCACCAACCCACGCUGAGCCUCCACUGCAUGAGGUUCGUCGAUUCGAG